CUCUGUAUGUAAUGUAACUGUAUCGAAAUGAGGUUGCGCACCGCUGAUCAUUCAGCCGAGCGCGAGUCGAAGCAUGCGGAAGCUGGUACCGGUGAGAGAUGCCGAUAUAUAUGCAUGCACGUCGAUAGGACGUGUGGAACCUGUAAUGGUAACGUGGUACAGCAGUAUCUGGUGUAACCGGAUUUCCCCCCUCCUUCUAGGGAACCCCAGGUUUUCACUAAUAUGGUGAUAAUAGCCGCUUGUGAGGUUUAUUGCUUUCUCAAGAUCUUCAUCACUUGUUUCCAGACUUAUUCUAAAGAAAGUUUUGCAACAGUUAGUAAUAUCGCUAACCACCAUGGCGAUCUACAAGCGUAAGAUCACCGUGUCGGAUGACACGGUGACCAGUGCUUACCGUCUCACUGCAAAGCAGUCUAUGGUUCCAAAUGGUCUGGUUACCAUUUUGUUCUUCCUAUGGGGUUUUGCAUACGGAUUACUUGAUGUGUUGAACUCCCACUUUCAAAAAUCUCUCAGUAUUUCUAGUUCUAUGGCGGCUGGCCUCUCAGCAGCUUACUUCGGCGCAUACUUUUUGUGCCCACCUACAAUUUCUGGAUGGAUUCUCAGAAGAUUUGGUUUCCGAGUAACUUUCAUGACCGGGUUAGCAGUUCUGGCAGUCGGAUGUCUCCUCUUCUGGCCAUCCGGUGUCAAGAAGUCAUUCGGUGGAUUUUGCGGCUCGAUGUUUGUUGUCGGAAUGGGACUAUCAACGCUCGAGACGGCUGCUGACCCCUUCCUUGCGAUCUGCGGUCCCCCUAAGUAUAGCGAAAUUCGAUUGAACCUAGCACAGGCCGUUCAGGGUAUAGGUUCUUUUGUCGCGCCCAUUCUUGCCUCACGAGUCUUUUUCGCAAGCACAGUAGACGACGAACAGGGGCUUGCCAAUGUUCAGUGGGUAUACCUCGGUGUCGCCGGCUUUGUUGUGCUACUCAUCGUCCUGUUCUUUUUCGCUCCCUUCCCAGAGAUCACCGACGCCGAUAUGAACCUGCAAGAAAACGAGAUUGGCGAAUACGAUCCUGGCCCAUUAAGAAAACAGUAUAACCUUUUUCUAGCCGUGUGGGCACAAUUUUGCUAUGUAGGCGGACAGGUUGCUGUCGCCAACUACUUUAUUCAGUUUUGUGAGGAGGCCGGUCGCUCAUCUGCAGAAUCUUCGGACCUGCUUGCUAUUGGUCAAGGUCUUUAUGCUGCCAACCGUUUUAUCGCCGGUUUCCUUAUGAUGAUUCCCGCUGUCAAACCGCGAAUCGUGCUUGCGACGUACCUUGGGCUUUGCUUCGUUUUCAUCAUCCCCGCAAUCACCACUACUGGAACUGCCUCAAUCGCGUGUCUGAUCCUAGUUCUCUGUUUUGAGUCUGCUUGCUUUGCAACGAUCUUUACUCUUGGUCUCAGAGGCCUUGGUCGCCAUACGAAGCGAGGAGGUAGUUUCCUGGUCGCUGCCAUCAGUGGCGGAAUGGUGUUCCCUGCUAUGACUGGUGCUGUUGCUGAUCGUUCUGGAGCUCACACUGCAAUGACGAUCCCUGCAAUGGGUUACGUUCUUGCCUGGGUCUACCCUCUCUAUGUCAACGUUUGGAAUCGCAACACGAUGGACUCUCACCGUGAAACUAACGUUGGUGUUGCACCCAUCGGCGAUAAGGUCUUCCAGCUUGAACAGCAAACUUCACAUGCCGAGAACCAGACGGGAAGUGCGUCGCACGGCAUCUCAACCACCCACUAAUCUGUUAAAGCUAUUGACGCACUUGCCACACUCUGGCAAAUAGCCAAUGACUCGAUUAUUAUCGAGCCAUCUGAUUAUAAAAAUAAUGAAUUAAACAUCAAUUAUAUACAAGUAAAUAUGUAAGAAAAGGG